AUGAUAUCUUUUUUGUUCAUUAAUGAUCAUUAUCAAAUUGGCCAUGCACAAGGUGAACAACUAGAUCGUUUAAUGGAUAAAAUCAAAAAAAUUGUUAUCGAUAUGUUAAUUGAAAAUGAAAAUAUGAAAACUGAAAUUUCAAAUUUACAGAUUGAAAAUGGAUCUCUCCGACAAGAAAUUCAACUUUUACAAAGCGAAAGAUAUGAAGCAAUUAAACGUAGAAUGAUUGGGGACAUUUUAGGACCUAUAGUUCAAGAAAUUCGAGGUACAAUGAUGGAUGACAAUGUUCCAAAUCAUUAUUAUUGUAAAUUAAUGAUUGUUGCUUGUUUAUUACAUGAAAAAGGUGAAACCAUCUCAUGGGAAAUUACAAAUUUCGAUCGGAUGAAUCAUCCAGUACAUUUUAAUGUUAAUGAAUUUAAUAAAAUGGAAUAUAUCAUUAAAAAUAAAAGUGAUUCGUUAAAUAUUGAUUAUAUUACUCUCUUGGAACUCAUCUUAAAGAAAUUCGAUCGCAAUGAAUUGGAGCACGAUUAUAUUAAAAAUUUUUUUACAAAUCGUUCACGUAGUCAAGCAUCAUUUAGUGAAUAUUUGGUAUCACUUGGUAUCACAGAUGCAUUAAGUACCAAUGAAAAGAUCUGUUUACAUGUAUUAUUCCAACACCAUUUCGUCGAUUAUUAUUAUGCUGGUCAAUAA